CUAAGCUAUAUAAAAGUACGAAAGUUCUAGGAGUAAUUGAUAAAAUAAUACCACCAAACUGACAAGAGAGGACGGCUCAUGUGUUGAUCGAUUAUCCCCAUAACAAAUUCGACAUGGAUUCUUCUCUGUUGCAUGAAUUCAGAAGGCAGGCUUCCUUGUUCCUCAAAGAGAAAAUCAGGACUGCUCGACUGGUUCUUACAGAUGUUACUCCUCCUCAACUGCUGGCAGAAGAAGCAACAAAUGGAGAUUUGAGUGCACCAAAUAUGCAAACCAUGAGACUAAUAUCACGUGCAGCCUUUGAAGUUGAUGAUUAUUGGAGGAUUGUUGAUAUUCUGCAUAAGAGAUUGUCGAAAUUUGAGAGAAGAAAUUGGAGGUCAUCUUAUAAGGCUCUAAUGUUAUUGGAAUACCUGCUAACUCAUGGACCACAAAGUAUUGCAGAGGAGUUUCCAAGCGAUGAAGAUGUUAUCAUACAGAUGGCAAGUUUUCAAUAUGUUGAUGAAAAAGGGUUUAACUGGGGAUUAAGUGUUAGAAAUAUGUCAGAGAGGAUCAUAAAGCUACUGGAAGACAGAAGCUACCUGAAAGAAGAGAGAGACAGAACGCGAAAAGUGACGGUUGGAAUAAAAGGGUUUGGGAGUUUCUGCAAACGUCCGACCAUUUCCGAGAGGUGCAAUACUGACUGCCAAUACAAACAAAGGCUGGGAAGUGCUCUCAAUGAUCCAAUUAGUGAUGAGAAGACAUAUCCCUUGAAAUGGGAUCACCAUCCAUUCUGUGAUACAGAGAAUAAUCAUAGCCAAGCUUCCUUGCUUUCCACCUCAGGAUGAAAUCAUGUACUAGUAUUACUUUUCUUUAUCAAUGAGAUUGUUACCUCAUCAAACCA